AUGGAACUGAUGGAUGUGCAUGACCAAAAGUUCGAGGAUCACACGGCAUUAUCACUAUUAUUUGCGAAAAUCAAUUACGAUAAGCACGAGAAAGGUUUCGCGUGCAUUCAAGUUUUGCUGGAAAACCAUGCCGAAAUUAACGUGACAGACAAGGACUUAAUUUCCCCCAUAGCGCAUAUUUUAUUAGAAUGGUUACUAGCCAUCAUUCCCAAGGAAAACGACAAGCUAGUAAAUGAAGAUCCAUUGUUAUCCCAGCUUGUGAAGAGGAUGGGAUUGAACAUUGAUAAAACCAAGUGUCCGUACUUCAAAUGCAUGACAAUACUGCUGAAAGAUGCACGGAUUGAGCUCGACAAGCUAGAUCAUACCAAUAGCACUGCGCUGCACUACGCUGUACAGUACAAGAUCGAACACGCUCAGGAGCUGUUGCUGAAAAACGGUGCAUACAUAGGGGCGCAGAAUAUAUUCAAUGAGCUGCCAAUUACCAACAUGGAUCCGGAUUUGCUUGAGAAACACCUCGAUACGUGCAUUUCGAACAAUCGUCGAAUCCCGGGAGAUGAAGAUUACGGAGUGAUAAUAGAUUAUAAAAACUUCAUACCACCAACGCUCAAAACAACCGACACCGAACAACAGGACACGUGCAAGAAUGAGAUGCGGCCCAUUAAUGAUAUUGCACAAUCGCCCAGCUUAAAACGCUUACUUCGCCAUCCGGUGAUAUCGAGCAUAUUGCUGCUAAAGUGGCAGAAGCUCUCGUGGGUUUUCUACACCCAGCUGUUUACUUCAUUGUGGCUGUGCAACAUGCUGGCUUCUCAAGAUCAUUUAUCAAAAUGCGAGUGUAAAUCGUUUGAGAACUUCAUUAAACUACUCCUGAUAAUAGCAUUCGGAACAGUGUUGCUGCAUGAGCUUGACGAAGAAUGGUGGAGAGGCCUCUCGUCCUUUGUUAUCCUUUUGGCGGCGAUUGAGGUUUUGUUCCUCACCGGAACCCUACCGGUGCUAUCUCUAUCGACAUACAUGACUAUUAUGGCAAAGGUUUCGAAAAAUUACCUCAAGUGUUUGAUGCUAUAUUCGACCAUUUUGCUUGCCUUUGCGUUAAGCUUUUACACGCUGUUCCACGAGAAAGAUAGAACUCAAUCCGAGGGUAGCCGAUCGGAAAAUGCCACAUCUGCAACGAGCCAGGACGCUAACAACCAGAUCAAAUGGUUCGGGAAUUUGCCGCUUGCAUUUUUUAAGACUGCAGUCAUGUCUUUUGGGGAACUCGAAGCUUCAAAUAUGCAUUUCCAGUACUCCAUCGUUAGCUAUAUCGUGUUUGCAGUAUUUAUAUUUAUUGUUCCGAUGGUUUUAUUCAACCUAAUGAACGGCCUUGCCGUCAACGACACGACGGAAAUAAGAUCCGAAGCCGAAAUCAUCACCAUGACACAGAGGGCGUUUUACAUUUACAAAAAAGAAAUUGCAGCAAGAACAUUUAGAUCUUUCAGAUGUCUGUGA